UCUCUAUGAGAAAGAUCAAUGAUUUUCGGAACUAAGAUGCGGCUUUCAAUAGUUUGAUGUAGGUUACGUGGAGCCAAAGAGAGGAAAAUGGAUAAUGAUCUACUUUGCAACUUUAGAAAGUGCAGAAAAAGACUGAAUACACAUGCUUGGGUUACCUCAUGCUCUCAUAUAUUUUGUGAUGAGGAUGGAACCAGAGAAUUCAACAAGAGCCUUAUCUGUCCAGCUUGUGAAACUAAUCUGUCUGCAAAAUUUGACGUCAUUCGUGUUGAUCUACAGGCUUCUGAACAAUUCAAAUCAAUGGUGUUGGCUGGUCAAAAACCUGAGGUUAUUAUGGAAAUUUGUUCAAGAGCAUUGGCAUUCUGGACAUACCAAACCCACCAGGAAAAAAUGUACCAGGAUUAUGUUGCCAACAAAGCAAAGGAGAAGACAAAUCAGUUGGAGCAGUACUAUAGUCAAGUUCUUUCCAAAGUGCAAGCAGAACUAAGCUCCUUAAGAACCCAAACAUCAAAUGACAAGAAGGAGCUGGAGGACAUCAAGAAACGCAAUAGUGAACUGUCUGAGAAAAUGAUGGAAAAGAAUAGACAGUAUCUUAAGCUCCAGGGAAUGUAUGACUCACUGAGAAGAAAAACGAUAACGCCAUCCGUUCUUGAAGGACGUGAAGAAAGGAUUCUAGAAUCUCGCGGUUUGGGAGGGGAAGUGAGUCGCGUAUUUGAGAUUCCACUCGGGACAGGCGGAGAGUUGCUGAGACGAACAGCUAGUUCUGCUGAUGUGAGAUAUCCUGCAGAGAGAGAAUUUCAUGUCUUUGAUCCACCAGUUCCGGUGUCGGCUCGUGUGUCAACUCCAAGCCAUGGGCCGCUGAAUGAUGCCGAUUCAGCUUCUCGCAAAUUCACCCUUGAUUUUACAGGGACCCCUGGAAUUAGCAAACGACUGGGACAGAAAGGAGCACAUAAGGAAUAGCUGGAUUUUUACGUGACAUUUUUGAUACCCGAUUAUUGGUGUUGAAGCUAAGAGUGAUAUUUUACAUUUAUGUGGCUAAUAUUUUCUCGUGCCUGUCGUAACGUAGAAGAAAAAUACCCAGACUUUUUGUAAGCAAGUCUCUCUUUUUACGGUCAUGGUAAGCAGGCAAAUAAAAAUUUUCUUGGUUAA